AGGGGGGGGGCCGGCGCGCCCCGCAUGCGCGGCGCUGGCCCGCGCCGGUCCAGCCAGAGGCGCGGCCUGAGCGGAUCCGCCGGGCUGCUGCUGCGGUGCGGCCUCUUUUGGGCGACGCCGGUGUCGUUUCUGCUGCUGGAGAUCGCGGAGAAGGAGGCCGAGGGCAGCACCGGCACCGACAGCGUCGUGGCGGCGCUGCCCGCGCUCGCCGCGCUGCUGCUCGUCGCGAGCUGCAACCUCGCGGCGGACUGCUUCCUCCGCUGCGGCGGCUAUCUGCUGCUCCUGCAGGUGCCGCUCCAGCUGGCCCUCGUCCUCCGGUACGCCAGCGGGCAGCACCUGUGGCCGCCGGACGAGGCGCCCGGCGCCGCCGCGGGGAUUCCGCAGGAGGCCCUGGCCAUACAGCAUCCAGGCCCCGGCCCCCGCGCCGCAGGAAGGCCCCGCGGCUCCCGCCGCCGCCGGAGGGCGAGGGCAGGAUCUCGGUGGUGCUGCCCUGCCUGA